UUCCGCUCCACACCGGAAAUGACGUCAAUAAGUAAACAGUAUUCCUGUCAUUGGAACAUAUUUCUAUCCAUUUCCACCUAAACUCAAUAGAAAACGACGCAUUUGCGAUGUAUGUAUAGCAGGGGUGGUACAUCGGUUGGCUUUUAAGGAACUGGUGUCAUUUUCUGUAAAAGUUUCCCGGACACCAAAGUGAGGCUGCUUGCUAUGUUCACAGAGAUGGAGUAUGAAUUGGAAGAGGAUAAAUUAGGGAUACCUACAGUACCUGGGACUGUAUGUCUGAAAAAAGAUGCUAAUAACCUUAUUGGGAUCAGCAUUGGUGGAGGGGCUCAGUACUGUCCCUGUCUCUACAUUGUUCAGGUGUUUGACAACACGCCUGCAGCCUUGGAUGGGACGCUCGCUGCAGGUGAUGAAAUCACAGGUGUCAAUGGCAAACCGGUCAAGGGAAAAACAAAGGUGGAAGUGGCUAAGAUGAUUCAAGCUGUACAGUCGGAAGCAGUCAUCCAAUACAACAAAUUGCAAGCAGACCCAAAACAGGGAAAGUCCCUGGACAUAGUGCUGAAAAAAGUCAAACAUCGCCUGGUGGAGAAUAUGAGCUCGGGCACCGCGGAUGCACUUGGACUCAGUCGAGCUAUUUUAUGCAAUGAUGGACUUGUUAAAAGACUGGAAGAGUUGGAGAAAACGGCAGAACUUUACAAAGGCCUGAUGGAGCACACCAAGCGACUGCUCCGUGCCUUUUUUGAGCUCUCACAAACACACCGAGCGUUUGGAGAUGUUUUUUCUGUCAUCGGAGUUCGAGAACCCCAGGCUGCUGCUAGUGAAGCCUUUGUGAAGUUUGCUGAUGCCCAUCGCAACAUUGAGAAAUACGGCAUUCAGUUGCUGAAGACCAUCAAGCCUAUGCUCCACGAUUUGAACACCUACCUCCACAAGGCCAUACCAGACACGAAGCUCACUAUCCGCAAGUACCUGGAUGUCAAGUUUGAAUAUCUGUCCUACUGCUUAAAGGUGAAGGAAAUGGAUGAUGAAGAAUACAGCAGCAUUGCCAUGGGAGAACCUCUGUAUCGGGUGUGCACGGGAAACUACGAGUACCGCUUGGUGCUGCGGUGUCGGCAGGAGGCUCGUGCUCGCUUCGCUAAGAUGAGGAAAGACGUUCUGGAGAAGAUCGAGCUUCUGGAUCAGAAACAUGUCCAGGACAUCGUCUUCCAGCUCCAACGCUUCGUAUCAGGCAUGUCCCGAUACUACGACGAGUGCUACGCCGUGCUGAAGGAGGCGGACGUGUUCCCCAUCGAAGUGGACCUCUCCCGCACCACCAUCAACUACAGCAGCCAGUCCUUUACCUACACCGAUGAAGAAGAGGGCGAGGACGGCGGGGGAGGAGCCAAGGAAGGAGAAAGCAGCGAAGGCGUACAGGCAGAGAACGGCGGCGAGAAACUGAUCGACGACGAAUGAUGACCGUCGGGGUUUAGAUUUUCAGAAGGGACCUUUGACGGUGAAGACUACUGAAAGACGCUGCUGUUGCGCUUUAAGACCUCUUUUGGUGUUCUGUGUUGCGUACUUUUUUUUUUUUAAACAUGCUUUUUCCUCCAUUGGUCAGUUUGACGAGGAGUCGCUAUGAAAGAAUAGGAAAAGGCUUUUUGCUGCUGGAAAGUAUGGCUAAGCUCUUGUGAUUCAUUGUGCCUUCUUCUCAUUUUAUGCCGUGUUGGGUUGGGACUGUGGUUCAGUGGGCAUACUGCAGAUCGCUGACGUUUACCAGCGAUUCUUACAUUGUUGCAUCUUUUAGUUUGCUACUAAUAGUUGGGCCAACGAGAGGCGGUGCCAUAUCUGUUACACCUCUCCUUUUUUCAGUUUGGAAUGUUUUUCUUCUUGAUACAUUUUCCGCUGCACGACAAGGAAGCUCUGGUAAAGCUUCACAACCAAAGUCUUUAAUCCAGGUCAUUCCAUCAGUUGCUAUCUCGUGCUAACUUUAUUUUUAGUUUAGUUUUUUUAUGCAUACAGCCAUCAGGUAGUAUUUAGAGUGAGGAAAUACAAUAUAUAGGAAAACACUACUUGUAAAUAACAAAGCUAAAGGGAAAUACUGCUAAAUAUUUUAAAAUAUACCACUUUAUUAUUUAUUCUUGAUUUCCACUUGCCAAAAUUGCUUCCUUAAAAUAUAUUUAUCUGUCACUGAGGUCUUGUCAUUUAUGUUCUAUCUCUUUGGAAAUAUUUUAUGCAUUGUUGUGUUUUUGUUUCGAGGCGGUUUCAUGUUCUUCACUGGGCAUUUGUCUUUUAAAGGAAAGUAUAUUUUGUCCAUGUGUGCUAUUUCAAAAUAAAUGGAUUCGAAGGGAUGCAU